AUGACGCCCGCUAGCCAGACCGUCUGGCUUCGUCGGAGGCAUUUCUUCGAAGUCAACGACCAGCCAUGGUUCCCUCAAAUCCUUCGAGAAAAAGUGCAGGACUACUUGACCCUGGGUUGGAUCAAUAGGCUGCCCAUCAUCCAGUCCACCUCUCCGGCAGCCCUGGUCUCUCAGGUGCUCUCCACCGUCCUCGGCCCUCGAUUGUCAGAGUAUGUCUACGUCGACUUCGCGUCCGGUGCGGGCGGUCCGACACCGUACAUCGAGAAUCACUUGAACAGUGAGCUUCGUGCUGCAGGAGAGGAAGAAGUCAAGUUCGUCCUCACCGACAUCAGCCCGCACGUCAGUGCGUGGGAGGCGGUUGCAAAGAAGAGCAGGAACAUCAGCUACAUCCCGCAGAGUGUGGACGCCACGAAUGCGCCCACCCAGGAGACGCUGCUCAAGGAUGUUCCUGAUGCAAAGGGGAAGAAGGUCAUGCGCCUGUUCAGUCUGGCGUUCCACCACUUUGACGAUGACCUUGCGGCCAAAAUCCUCCAGAACACUAUCGAGACGUCAGACGGAUUCUGCAUCUUUGAGCUCCAGUCCCGCCACAUCAGCUCCUUCAUCCUGGUCAGUCUGCUCUGGCCGCUCGCCAUGCUCAUCACGCCAAUCUAUUUCCUGCACUCACCGGGCCACCUGUUCUUCACCUACCUGGUCCCCAUCGUCCCGUUCAUUUGGGUGUGGGAUGGCUACAUUUCGUGUCUGAGGACGAGAACGCCCGAGGAAGUCGAAGCUCUCCUCCACCGGCACGUCGGGAGUCAGAAGCUGGCAAAUUGGAAGUUUGAGAGUGGUCAAGCCUGCCACACGUGGCCGAUUGGCUAUCUCAACUGGAUCAUUUGCUACAAGGAAGAGUGA